ACUCCGGAGUACGACUGAUUACAAGCAUGGAUCGUGACGUCAAUAUACAGUAGUGGUGGGUUGGUUUGUUUUAGAGCUGGAUUCCGUAAUGGGUCAGGAAUGUGGUAAGCCAGCCUGGCCCAAGCCAUCAACAGGUUAUCAAACAAGCACUGGAUGCCGCUAUGGAAGGAGGCAUGCCUAUAUUGGGUUCCGGCCAACGUUGGAAAAGCCAGAAAAUCCAACCAUGGAAAAAGGAUGUCAAUGGAAGGAAAUGGAGAUGGACUAUAUUCAAGAGAAGAAUGGAUUAUCAGCUGAUGGACUCGUCAAUUCAACCUUAAAAGAGAACUCCUCGGCUAAUAUGGUUCUUCCAGAAAAAAAUGGAGCAAAAAUAUAUGAAGACCCCCAUGAAAAAAAUCUAAGAUGCCCAAACUUUUCAGCCAGUACUGCUCGUUCAUGCAGAUUAAAGAGAGAGCAAAAGUUAGUGCAUACCUCUGAAAAUCGGGCAAAAUUAAAAAAGAGCUCUGAAGCAUGUGCAUGGCCUGCAUUGGAAGGCAACGAACCUCCACUUAAUAAUACAAAUGGAUUUGGAAUUGUUAAUAUUGACUCAUAUGAGCCUGACAGUAGUGAUGGGGAAGAAGAGAUUCUUUCUGCCACUUCAGAAUCUCAUCCUGUACUCCAAAAGCAAUUAGACAAUAUGAUAAACGAAUUGGAAAAAGAAUUUGAUUAUCUUAGUGGAUUGCAAUCAUAUAUAUAUUCAAAGACGCGUGAGGAGGUGGAAGCUGCAUCUAAAAACUAUUGUUCGGAGGUAUGUUUGAAAGACUGUUGUCAGAACAGUGAUAAAGUUUAUGGAGAAAUUCCCUCAGAUUCUGAAGACAAGCUAGUGAAAACUGACCAACAUAUGUCUGGUGAUAUCAUUGGUAAUGCUCCUUCAGGAAAUGGUUGCAGCCUUCCAAAACUAUUUGAUUGUAAAGGGUUGCAGGAUUCUGGUGCCCCUGAAAUGGUUGUGAGACCAAAAGUAAGGAAGCAAAAUAAUAGUGAUCUAGAGCAGAAAAAGUUGGAGUUGUCCAGGGACAACCAACAGAGUAAUAACCAUCAAAAAUAUACUGCAGUUGGAAGUGAUCAGUGUUCACAGUCUCCGCACACUAAAACAAGAGAAAUGGAGAAAGAAUCCUUUUCUGAGCCUUCAAAUAGCGAACAAGAAAAACGUAGACCCAAGGAUUACAGAAGCAAGAAUGAGGUAACAAAUCUCUGUCAGCAUAUCAUAGAAGGUGAACAGGAGGACGACGACGAUGAUGAUGAUGAUUUCUGGGAAGAUUUGGACGACUUCAGUAAGAAGUGUGGUGCUUCAAGGACAGGAAAUGACAGCCACAUGGGACAUCACCACUCCUCACUAAGUUCAGAAAUAAGUGAAGGAGAAUGGUCUGCCUCAUGGUCAUCAGAUUCUGCAGCUGACAAAGAACAUUCAUCUAUUGAUGAAAGCUGGGAGACUCUUCCAGGUUUAGAUGAGCCAGAACACAACGUGCAGAGUGAUAACAUCAGCUUGGAUGAUGUACCAGACAUUAACUCUCAUUCUGAAGAGCCAGCAUUGCUAGAAGAAGGAGAAAUCCCAUGGCUGACUUAUCGUGAGGAAACUGAUAGCAGCAGUGAUGAAGACGUAGGAGGAAUGAGCCAGUUUGUUCACCCAGGACUGUUUAUGUUAGAUGGAAACAACAAUUUUGAAGAUGAUUCUAGUAUGAGUGAAGAUUUUGAUGCUGAAUGGAGAGCUCUGGAUGACUUUGGGGAAGGAUUUGGAGUGGCGCAAGCUAUUUCUCACAUGGAUCCUCAACUGCUAACUUACAUGGCACUAGAGGAGAGAUUAGCCCAAGCCAUGGAAGCUGCACUAGCACACCUCGAGUCCUUAGCUAUUGAUGUUGAGCAAGCCCAUCCUCCUGCUACAGAAGAAAUAAUCAAUUGCUUACCGAAUGUGACUGUUCUGGAAGAUCGGCAUGGCCAAGAACAAUGCUGUGCGAUUUGCUGUUGUGAAUAUAUUAAAGAUGAAAUUGCAACUGAAUUACCCUGCCAUCAUAUAUUCCAUAUGUCUUGUGUAACCCUUUGGCUAGAAAAGUCAGGAACGUGUCCUGUGUGCCGCCAUGUGCUGACCCCAUCCCACCCUGAUGCUGGAGUUGCUACAUCUUUUGUGUCUGACCAUGAGAGUCCUCCUUCUACACACAGUGCUGCAGGAACACGAUGAAAAUGCAAGGCACGUUUAAAGUACGACUAUAACCACUACUGACUUCAUCAUACUAGAUUACUUUCUGUACAGUCCAUCAUUUAUUCCAUAUGUCUUAAUCAUUUAUCUGUUUGCAGGUGUUACUAAGCUGCAUCUGUUUUCUGGGGCAUUACUGUCAACUGCUAGGUAACUGACGUUUGUUCAGUUUUUGUUGUGGGCGUUGGAGUAUCUAUGCUUGUAAAUAUUUGCAUAUAAAUAAAAAAAUGUAUUAAAAAUUUAAGUGAAUAAAUGCAACAGGCUUUUUUGCCUUUCCUGUAAAUGUGAUGUAAUUCAAAUAACUAUUUGCUUUAAGUAAUGAAUAGAAUUGCACAGUUAAGUCACUUUUUCUGACAGGUAAUGUUUCUGAACUAUGCACAUGUAAAAUCAAGUGAACAAAUUGUACAGAUUCUGCUGCUCAAUAUCAUUCCUUUGUUAAUAUCCCAGCUUUAUUCAGUCAUGUUUCUGAUAUGUUGAGAAACUCAAAUUAUCCGUUCAUAUAUCUCAACUCUACUGUACUCAUUUCUUAAUUUCUGCAAUUCAAAUUUUCCAAUAAAAGUCAUAAAGCUGUUUCUUC